CCCUCGGCCAGCAACUCCUCCAGCCAGCGGAGGAAGCAGGGGCUGCCCCAGCACAGGGACACUCACUUCCCCGACAGGGAGAUAUCUCACCCACCACCUCUGCUCUCACCCCAGAAUGCACCCCACAUUGCCCUGGGGCCCCACUUGAGACCUCCCUUCCUUGGGGUGCCUUCAGCACUGUGCCAGACACCAGGUUACGGGUUCCUACAGCCAGCACAGGCAGAGAUGUUUGCACGGCAGCAGGAGAUGCUACGAAAGCAAAACUUGGCCAGGUUGGAGAUGUCAGCCGAGAUCAUCCGCCAGAAGGAGCUGGAGAACCUCCACCGGCAGAGGCUGCUGGCAGGUGACCCUCUGAGCCUGCACCCCGGGCUGCCCCCAGACCACCCUGCCCUGCGCAACGUGCACGACAUCCCCGAGGGUCACCCGCUGCGCGAGGAGCUGUCGCGGCGCAAUGCCAUGCUGGUGCUGCGGCACAACAACACUCCCCUGCUGUCCCUCACCCCCAGUGUCCCCAGCAGCUCCACGCCCCCCAAGGAGCAGCCCAGGAGCAGGGGCAGCAGGAAAUCCACGCAGCACCGCGCGGAGCCGCAGGGGCUGAGCGAGGCCAAGGAGCUGGCGGAGCCGCGCGCGCGGGAUGGAGCUCCGGACUGUAACGACGAGGAGAUGAAGGACUCGGAGAGUGAUGCGGAUGUGAGUGAUGAGAAGCCCGAGAGCCUGAAGGCUGAGAGUGGUGGCUCAGCCACGGAGCUCAAGGAGUGCAAAGAGACAGGAAAGGGCUGUGAAGGGGCUAAGGAGCUGAGCGAGGCGACUGCUGGGCAAAGUGCUCCCUGCAGCUCCUCCAGUGCAGAGUCUCCCAGUCAUCUGCUUGGCCCAGGCAUCAACAAAAGUGAGGUGAAAUAUCUCCCACCAGCCUCCAUUCCAGCGCCUCAGCCGCUGCCCUUCGGAUUCCCCUACACCAUGAGUCCAUACUUCCAUGCAGGCACCAUGGGAGGUCUGUUUCUGGAUGGUGAGGAGAGCCCUGCACUGGAAGACAUCAGCAAAUGGACAGUGGAGGAUGUUUGCAGCUUCGUCUCCAACUUGUCAGGCUGCACUGAGUACACUCAGGUAUUCCGGGAACAGGCCAUCGAUGGGGAGACCCUGCCCCUCCUGACAGAAGAGCACUUACUGAACAACAUGGGGCUGAAGCUUGGACCUGCACUCAAGAUAAGGUCACAGGUGGCCAAGCGAGUGGGCCGAGUGCUGUACAUGGCAGGAUUCCCCAUGGCUUUCCCGCUGCAGCCUCCUGGUCUGAGGCCUCCAGAGAGGGAAGUGCCCCCAGCUGAGCUCCGACCUGCGUCCACGGGCAGCGUGGCCUCCCCCUUUGGCAGCACCCUGCCUGCUGCCAGCAGGGGCUCCCCCAAGCAGGAGAAUGGGAAUCCUUCCCUCCUCCCUGGGAUCAACGACACCACAAAACCUCCGUCCUAA